CUAUUCUUGAAAUCGAAAGCUUCCACUUUCUAGUGGAAAAGCUGAAGCUAAAAAUAAUUGUCCUCUGCUUUUCCCCAUAUGAAAAGGUAAAAAAAUUUAUGGCAUAGUCACUUCCAUCCUCCAUAUUUCUUGCAAGGUAACGACCAACCAUUUCUUCCCUUUCAUCGGAAUUUUAUUGCUUUAUUCUUCUAGUUUACAUAGAAUUUCAGUCUGCACUUGUUAGCCAGGAAUGUGAUUAAUGAUAGAAGUUGACAUGACAUACAUAUACAUAUCCACAAUGAAAAACCUCCAAUUUCUAGCGGUUGCCACCAUUAUCUUCCUACUUUAUAAUCUUGAUGAAACAACCGCUGACAAUGACAUCAGCAAUGUCGACAAGGAGCUUCUUCUUAAAUUCUCUUCGUCGUUCCCACCGCCACACAAACUAGACUGGAGUUCCACAAUCCGAAACUGCAAAGAUUGGGUUGGCAUCAAGUGUAACGAGAAGGGCAAUGUUACUGACAUUAAUCUCCCUACUAAGGGACUAUACGGUCCAAUUCCGAAUAAUACCAUCGGAAAGCUGGGUUCCCUCAAAGUCUUGAGCCUAAGAUACAAUUUCCUAAACGGGUCUCUCCCUGCUGAUAUCAUCUCCAAUCCCUCCCUCAAGAAUCUCUACCUUCAAAACAAUAACCUUUCUGGCAACAUCCCUACUAAUGUUUCUCCCAUUAUUAUGGCGAUAGAUCUUUCCAACAAUUCCUUCACAGGAAAAAUCCCGGAUACACUAAAAGAUCUCACCUAUCUCACCUCCCUCAGACUCCAAUUCAACAACCUUUUGGGACCUGUUCCCGACUUCAUCCACUGUACCAAUCUCCAUGCCCUAAACCUGAGCCAUAACGAACUCAAUGGUCCAAUCCCGUUCUCCCUCCAAAAAUUCCAGGAUUCUUCAUUUUCCGGGAAUGUGGACUUAUGUGGGCCCCCGUUGAAUCAAUGCCCCACAUCCACGAAACUCACGAACGGUGCCAUCCUAGCCAUUGCUAUCGGAUCCUUUUUGCUCAUCGCGAUACUUUUGUGUUGUUUCUUGAAGAAGAACGAUCGGGUCGAGAUUCCGUUGGUAAAUUGACGAUAAAGGCUGUCCCUCCCGGGAAAACGAGAAAUCGGAUGAUUUCCGGAGUGGGGUUCAAGCUGCUGAGAACAAGUUAAUUGGUCGAUACAAACACAUUUGUGUAGACUAUAGUGGACUGGUUCUCAUAUUUACUUUUAGUCCAUCAUGCAUGCAUUUAGAUCCGUCAUGUUUUUUCCUAUUAAAAUUUCAAGUGUCACAUAAGCAUUUGUCAUUCUUGUCCAUAUUUGGUUACGAAUAUUGUGUAGUGUCAUUGUUACCUACGAAUAAAAAGAAGUAUGUUACAUGAGAAUAUCAAUUAAAUGUGUUGACGUGUCUAUUCUUUGUUGGUUAUUAAUUCUUGUCGUUCAAUUUUGCAUCUGCAUAUAUGUGCCACUCAAGAUUGUCGAAGGCAACAAAAAGACUCAAGGUGUCGUCUCCGCCGUUGACAACCAUGUCUCGCAAUUGGUGAUAGUAGUUAGUUGCUUGCAUUACAAAUGUAUCGUCCCCAGAGACAGAAUAAAAAUUUUAAUUUUAAAUAUAUCAAAACCAGUCAAAC